AUGGUCAAAUUACAUCUCUCAAAAUUUCUCACAAUAUUCAUUGUGUUGACUAUUGUUCUAAUUCUAAUCGCUAUUUGUAAUCAAGAUGAUGCUCCGGUUCACGUAAAACCUCCCGAACACAUUUGGGAAUUGGCGAAAAUGGCGAAUUUUGGGGGAAAAGAUGGAACUCGCGUUUUGUGAGUUAGAAUUCCAGAAAAUUAGAACUAAGGUUGAAAUUCUUGAAAAAAUUUCAGACAAAAAUUUGGUGAAAAGGAAGAGGUAUUUGUGGUGGAUGUUCUACAAAAUGAUGUGAUUUUUCGAGCUGUUUUACUCAAUAAAAAAUUUAUUGGAGAUUUUAUUGGCAAUGCAGCGCUCAAACCACCGAUUUUUAAUGGCAGUUUGCCAACUGCAAUUUGGGAAUUGGAUCAUGGCCGGAUUCUACCGGGAACUUUGCAUGAAAGUCAGCUGAUUCAAAUCUAUAAAUCGGGAAUUUUGCCAUUCUCGAAAUCUUUUGAGGGAAAUGCGCUGGUUUUUGGUGUUGGCACCGGUGCGGUUUUUAUGUAUUUGCAAUAUCAUUUCACGGAAAUGACGAUUACUGGAGUGAAAUUGAGUAAGGAGAAAAUUGCGGUUGCUGAGAAGUGGUUCGAUUUUUCGCCGACUCGCGGGAAUAAUUUGUAUGUUCAGGAUAUCGCCGAGUUUUUGAACGAUGGUCAGUUUCAAUUUUGAUUGAAUCGAAAGUCUGGAAAUUUUUGUGAGAAAUGCUUAUGAAAUAGCAUUUUCUAAAGGUCACGCGUCACGAAAAUUCAAGAAAAAAUGAAAAAUUCUUUUUUUUCUCAAAAAAAAAAACUAAAAAUAACCUGUUUUCAGAGAAAGAGGAAAAUAAUAAAUAUGAUAUGAUAAUUGCUGAUGUUGGAAUUGGUUUCGAUUGCCCACCAGACUCUCUUAUCACUGAAGAAUUCCUCAAAAACCUCCGAAAAAACAUGAAACCAACUGGCGUCAUUUCAAUCAAUCUACUUCGCCUCGGCGUUCCGAAUUUGCUCCAAAAAUAUGAGGAAAUCAGAAAUAAGUUUGCCAAAUAUUUCGAGAGUUGUGAGAUUUUCAAAAUCAACAGUUUAACCAACGCAAUCCUAACUUGUUUUUGCUCGAAAAAACUUGAGAAAUCAAGAGAUCCUACGAAUUUCCUACGAAGUAUUGGAAUUAAAACUAAAUUUUAA